ACUACUGAUGUACUGGUCUUGCUGGAAGAUUUACACGUCAAAUAUGAAGUUCGUCUAUGCUGUGUGCAUCUGGAUUUGUCUGUCAGGGUUUGGACAUUCAGCUGCUGAUGGGAUUUUCAUAAACAAACGUGAAGGAGAUCAAGUCACAAUUACAUGUACUCCUGUACCGGAUUCAGAAAACAAAAAGUAUUUCUGCAGACAUCAAUGUAAAGAUGAAGAUAUAAUAGUAUCAUCUGAUCGGACUUCUAUCGGGAGAUUCAGACUGAAAGAUUAUGGAAAAGGAAAGUUUACAGUGACGAUCACUGAUCUACGGGAGUCAGACUCUGGGAAUUACAAGUGUGGAGUGAAGCUACAUAAAGUAGACGAAUAUGAAGAGGUCAAUCUGAAAAUAUCUAAAGGUGUUAACAGCGAUAUUACCACUUAUACAACUGUCACACCAGCGAUCACCACAUCUGUAUGUACAUCUGAUUAG